GUUAUCCAGCAACAAUAUCUUUAAGAGGACCAUAGCGACCUCCCAGCAGCUGCAGGAGAUAGCUUGCCUUUUACUUUCAUCAGCCUUUCAACAUGUUGAGCAGGAUGAGGCUACUGUUCAUAGCUUUUGCCUUGCGAAUUAUUAAUGUGACCACUGCAUCUGCCGACGAUAAAUUACGUUGGUGCACCACCAGUGAGAAAGAACAGAUUAAGUGCAGCAACUGGACAUCUGUCAGCUGUGUCCAGGCUGACUCCAUGAAAGACUGCAUUCAGAAAGUCAUGUUGGCUGAAGCUGAUGCUGUUGUUCUGCACAGUGCAAGAAUGCUUGUUGCAGAAAAGUGUGGUCUGGUCCCAGUCAUGACUGAAUAUUAUAACAAAGACUAUCUUGAACCCUGCAGGGGCCCAGCAGCAUACACAGAACCUUUUGUAUACAUAGUGGCUGUUGUGAAGGAUGAAACUUUGACCUGGGACACCCUGAAAGGCAAGAAAUCAUGCUACACAGCUCUUAACCGAACUGGUUGGAAUAUUCCAAUGGGGUGGUUGAUUGCCCAGGACAAAAUCAAAAACUGCAGCCUUUACAACUCAACAUUUUUCAGUGAAAGCUGUGCUGCAGGGGCAGAUCCAGACUCCAAACUGUGCUCCCUGUGUGCUGGUGAUGAGAAUUCAACCCCUCCUGGAAAAGACAAGUGUGCAUUCAGCGAAAAUGAAAUUUACUGGGGCUUCAACGGUGCUUUCAGGUGCCUGGUGGAGAAGGGGGAUGUUACUUUCGUCAAAGAUACAACUGUCUUUGACAACACUGAUGGUAAUUCACAAGAGAAGUGGGCUACGGGUCUCAGGUCCAGUGAUUUUAAGCUGCUGUGCUUAAAUGGCACUCAGGCUCCAGUAACAGAUUAUAAAACGUGCCACUUGGCUCAAGUACCAUCUCAAGCAGUUGCAUCCCGUGCUGAGUCAAGGGGUCGAGUCCUGCAGUUUUUGAAGGAGCAGCAAGUCAAAUAUGGCCGAGGUGGAUCAGAGCAGGACCAGUUUGCAAUGUUUGAUUCGACCAACUUUCAUGGCAAGGGUCUUUUGUUUUCGGAUGCGACUCAGUGUCUGAUUGAAGUGCCCACUGCAAGUUUUAGUCAGUUACUCGGUGAAGAGUACACCACAGCGAUGGAAGGACUCUACACCUGUGAAUCACCCGAUUUUCCCGAAAUCUAUCACCUUGGCCGCUGCCAGGUCCCGCAUUAAGUUGGCUAUGAUUUCCCCAUUGACCUUGCUAUCUUAUCGUUCUUCCCUCUCUCUGGAACAAUACCAGCCUCAGUUCAGCGAUAGCCCCUCUAUUUCCAGCCAAAUUAUUUGUACGUACUGACUUACUAUCCCACCAUAGUUAAAGAAACAUAACCUUUGUCAAGAGUUUUAAUCCAUUCAAACUGUAGUUGUGAGGUUCAGCAAAUGUGGGAAGGCGCACAGCCGGGAACGUCAGAUGCAAAGAGACACAGUUGAUUCAUACUUUAUGCCAAACGAUUUAUUCGAAUCCAGCCCAGCUAUUAGAGUGACAUCUCCUCUGGUUGCAAGUUGCUGAAUUAUGACACAGUAACAGUCUUAUACCUUUAAAUUGCUUCAAUAAAGAACCAUC